AUGCCAGACCCCGCAUCUUCGUGAGUCGUCAACCCCGGCUACUAGGCCUCCACCAUAGUUUUCCCCGCUAACAACGAGUAGAAGACCAAACUGGGCCGACGACGAGGAAUUCGACGACCCCUCCGUUCUCCCCCCCCAACAAGUUAUCAACAACCCUGACGGCACAAAAACAGUCAUCACCUACCGAUUCAACGACAACGGCAAGAAAGUCAAAACUACCCGUAAAAUUCGCACUACUAUCGUCAAAGAGCACGUCAAUCCCCGUGUUGCCGAGAGGAAGGAAUGGGCAAAAUUUGGAGCCGAGAAGGGACACAGCCGUGGACCGGAUCUUUCCACCACCUCCGUUGGAGAAAACAUCACCUUCCGCCCAUCGACCAACUGGAAAACUACCUCCAAGGAGGACAAUGCCGAGGAGAGCAAGUUGAAAGAUCAACUUAAGGAUAAGAAGGUUACUUGUCGUAUCUGUAGAGGAGAUCACUUCACAGCCAGAUGUCCGUUCAAGGAUACUUUGCCACCUCUCGACGAUGCGGCCGCUCCUGGUGCUGAAGAAAGCCCUGCCGCAGAUGGCGCCGGUGCUACUGGUGCUAUUGGCGGUAGUGGUGGCGGGUCUUACGUUGCGCCUCACCUGCGCGGAAAGAAGGGUGCUGGAGAGUCUAUGCCCGGAUCCGGUAGCUACAAGGACAGAGACGAUCUCGCCACUCUCAGAGUUACCAACGUCUCCGAACUCGCCGAGGAGGGGGAUUUGAGGGACAUGUUCGAGAGGUUCGGAAGGGUUACAAGGGUUUUCUUGGCCAAGGAUAGGGACACUGGUAGGGCGAAGGGAUUUGCCUUCAUUAGCUAUGUCGAUCGAUCUGAUGCUGCGAGAGCCUGUGAAAGGAUGGACGGAUGUAAGCCAUUGCCUCCCCCCUAGCAGUCGCGUCUUAAUACUAAUCGUUUGAUAGUUGGUUUCAAGCAUUUGAUCCUGAGGGUAGAGUUUGCAAAGAGGUCUUAAGUUGGAAAACAAGAGCGGGGGUUUCUUUUAUAUCCUUGUUCUUUCUCUCCCGUGGGAAAUCCUGUUAUUUCAAUAAAAAGUUUUCUGUAAAUUUUUCUAAUAGCUAUUCUAAUUUCCGAUCCUAGCAGCGUUGAAUUCCCGUCAUGGACUUGAUGCUGUGCUAUUGGUGUGAUUUGGGCACAUGGUCAGACAAUUGACAGACUUCUGGCCCUACUUUUGCUGACCAACCUAAGUUACUAACCCCGGCAUACAGUACUCAUACCUGUAUAAUAUCACUCGAUGAAAAAGGCAACGAUCAGUUACUACCCGAACUUUUACAAU